AUGGCGCCUCCCUCUGUAACGAGCUCGCUUCCCUCUGCAGAACAUUCCCCUGAGUCUAAUGCUACUGCAAUAGAACCUCUGGACAUGAACAACAAUCAGCCCAAUACCCGGAUAUGCAAAUGUCGAUGCGAUCCCGACUGCAACUGUUCAUGUCCAUGCUCCGCCCACUGCACAUGCAAAAAGCACAAGUGCAAUAAGGAAUGCCCCGAAGAUUGCGAGUACAAAUGCAAAAAGGACUGUGGUUCACGAAAGUCCUUCCGAAACUUGGUUGUUUGCAUUGAUGGGACCUCCAAGCAGUUUGGCCAUCGUAACACCAAUGUCAUAGAGUUGUGCAACCGCAUACUCAAGGAUGGCGGGGACGUUCGCCAAGUUACGUUCUACUGCAGCGGCAUAGGAACUCGUCUUCGGCGCGACAAGUCCCUGCUAGCUAACUGCAUAAACUUCAUUGACAACAAGAUUGAUCUGAUGACCGCAUGGAAUCUCAAGCGCAUUGUCAGAGAGGCGUACCAAUGGUUGGUCGACCACUAUAAACCUGGGGAUCGGAUAUAUCUAUUUGGGUUUUCUCGUGGGGCGUACCAAGUCCGAGUUCUAGCAGGGAUGAUUAAAAAGAUUGCUUCUACUCUUGGUCUGGCUGUAGCGGGAAACAAGGAUUCUAUUUUUCUUGCCUAUGAGUUGUAUGUCAACAAAUAUAAAGGCCGAGUAAUCAAGGACGAAGAUGAAGCUGAAGCUCUCGCUGCAAAUUUCAAGGACACGUUCUCGAGAAAUAUCAAGGUGCAUUUUGUGGGGACACUGUUUCCCUUUCAUAUCUGUUAUUUCCGUCAUGCACUGGCUCUGGACGAACGCCGCGUCAAGUUUCUUCCUGAAUUUUUGGCUGGCGGACGGACACCGCAACUUGACAAUGAGUACUAUGAAGGCGGGUAUACCAAUGUCGAUGUCGAUGAAGUUUGGUUUAUGGGUACUCAUGGUGACAUUGGUGGAAGCGCCAAACGACGUCAUGCCUUUGAUCUCUCCCGGAUUCCUCUGUUAUGGAUGGAGCAUGAAGCCAGUGAAACCGGCCUCCGCUUUUCACCGCGGGAAACCAUAAGGGAAUGGAAAUGGGAUCAUCUUCAGGAAGACAAGCCAACCAAGUCCCUGAGCGCAUUAUGGUGGGUACUUGAGUGUUUGCCCAUCAGGCGAUUCAAGUACACCGAGGUAGAGAUUACCACACGUAAACCCAAUCUUGGUAGAGGUCGCUCCAUCGCUCCUCGACAGCGUAUUCACGCUUCUGUGGUCUUCAAAAACAGUGAAACCUAUACUCCCGCAGCUACGUUCAUCGGUGACAAGGCGAUGAAUUGGGCAUCUCUAGUUGGAAUAGUGGAUGGGGAAGACGAACUCAAAGAUCUGUCUUGGGCUGAUGAAUGGGAGCAUAUGCUGGAGAUGGAUCUCUUUGACGAUUUUCUUGUUCAAGAUACGAUACGCAAGCUUAAAGGUUUGAGAACUGGCACCGAGGCCCGAAGUAUCUGGACUCUAGACCAACAAUCGCUCCUUCUGCGACGUUUAUCAUUCAUGGCUUUGUCCAAACGAUGUGCAAAACAGAUCUCUAGCGUAAUCGGUGAUCUUGUGGCUAUGCUGUCUGACAAAGAUGUCGGCAUUCGAGCUGCAAGUGCCUCUUGUCUCUUCCAACUUGCGAAGCACUGGUACGAUCAACAAAUCCUCAACGCCAAAGCCGGGUCACCACUCCGACAAAUGCUGCACUCUCAGGCUGAAGAUCCAGACUCAGACCGAGUCGCUAGUCUCCAGUGUCUCUCCCACCUGAUCUUGGAUCCUGAGGAGGACAGAGCAUGGUUCAAUAUACCUGUAAAGAGUACCAAGUACUACAAGGAGGCUCGGUGUAUCGUGGAAGAAAAGCCGGAAGUCUGGUCACCUGUUCUCAUGAAACUGAUAACCGAGUCGCCAAAAACCAGCGACCAGAUUUUGGGUUUAUCUUGUCUAGCACGCUUGGCUAAAAUAUGUUUGUGGUUCUUCGUGAUUGGUGCUUAUACACAUGCUUAUAUACUGGCCUUGGCAGAGGAAAUACGAAAGACGUUCAUUACAGAGAUUGGUAACACCGGGGUGCAACGUUUAGCCAUUAAGCUUGUGAAUCUCUUGAGAGACAUCCGAACCAAAUAUCAUACUUCCAUUGUACUUCAAAGGAUGUCCAAAGAGCUUUGUAAGGAGAUCAUUUCAAGUGGCGUGAAGACGCUGCAGGAAGGCCUGAUGUCGAUGAUUAAAGAUGGACAUCCUAAAGCAAAAGGAAGUAGUGCGCUGUGCCUCAGCAGCUAUUUUGACGCGGAAGCUAAAUUCCGCGAACAAGCAAUGCUGGAUUCAGAGUUCAUCAUCGUAUUGAUGACCAAACUCUUUGGCAUCAAUGAGCACUGUUUCCCGGCUCAGAAAGGAGCUGUCAUAGCAGCGUUUUUGAAGAUAGUCAAUCAUUCCAACAGUGCUACGAAACUGGCCGAACCCAAGGUUAUAAAAGCAAUUGUUAAAACCUUAUCCGUAGACAGGUGGCUUGAGAAAAGGGAAGCGUCAAACCUUUUGGUCGGAAUACUAUCUGGAGAACAUACCUCAGAUGAAGUGAAGAAGUCCAUUAUUGAAGAGCUGGCGACAGUAGGCGUUGAUGAUGAUGCUUUGUAUCGGACUCAGGUCUAUUUUCGAGAACUGUAUGAAUGCGAUAAAGUACGCGAGUUCCAUUCCCGGGAGAACGCUCUUCAAUUUCUCAAACGUAUCAUUGAAAACAACGAGGCGCGGAUGAUUAUGACUGACAUCUCAUUUCCUGAUACCCUUGCUGCCCUCGGUCAGAACGCUUGCAGUAGCCGCGGUAUAGUCUCGACCGUCUGUAGCACUUUCAAGGUGUUCGUUGCGCUUUGUCAGAAUGUCAAGAAAGGCGAGAGAAGCAUACGCUCUGCAGUCCGCCCCACUUUCGAGGUGUUCCUCAAAAGCAUUUUUAGAAGCGACAGGGGCGCGCUAUCCGCUGUCCGGAACGCUUUAGAGGGGUUUUCUCUGUACGAGGACUUCCAGGCCUUGUUUCUUGAACAAGACAUCUUUGAGAUCAUAGUCAAGGAUAUGACAAUGAGUAUCCUCGAGACCCAUGAAGGUCAUCACAUCGAUGCACAGAUAGCUGGAUUCAAGUGCUUACAGAAUCUUGUCGACUACCCCGAAACCCGCCUUAUGAUACUCGAAGGUAUACGUGACGAGAGGCUUCAACUCUUUGACUUGCUCCAGGCCUUUGAAGACGAACCGGAAUCCAGCAAGUGGCUGCGUAGAUGGUCGGAAUACGGUGAAGUGCUAGAGAAUACUUUGAAGCGGCUUAUAAUGCAUGACGAUGCACAGAAAUAUGCGGAGGACCACUUCAAGAAGCAUCGAUGGGAAAUUUUCAAGUCGGACGGAAGUGUUACGGAAAAGUGA